AAACAGGGUACUUCCACGCAGGUACUUAGAGGCAGGCCUAGGCUAUGCCGUGCUGUUUACAUUGCUGCAUAGCCAGUGCCCACAAGUACUAGUCAUUUUCCUCAACAAUUCCUAGUCAUUUUGCCAAAAUCUACAACUGUGAGUAUUAAAUCAACAAAGCUAUUGUAACACGCUCAAAUACUAAAUCCUUUCUCUUACGCAGCAAUGGCAGAAGAAGAAGUGAAAGGUUCAGUAGAUGCCUUGGCCUUUCCUCUCCUAGCACAGGGUCACAUUAUUCCCUUCAUGCGCCUCUGCGAGCUUCUCGCAUCCAAAGAUCUCAACGUUGUCUUUCUCACAACCCCCCUCAAUGCAAAGCGCCUCAAAGCCAAACGAAACGCUGUUUCUUCAUCACUGGUGCGCGUGAUGGACAUUGCCCUGCCUUCCGUGCCGGGUUUGCCCGACGGCACGGAAAACACAGAAAAACUGACGCCCCUGCAAAUUUCAACUCUGUUCACUGGAAUAGAACAAAUGGAGAUCUCUUUCACACAACUCGUCGCCCGACUGAGACCAAAGUGCUUGAUUGCUGACUUCUGCCCAUUUUUUCUGCCCGCGGUUGCCGACCAGUUGAAAAUUCCGGUCUUCUUCUAUGUCACCAUGGGUGCCUACGGGUUGAGUAUGAUAGAGGCCGUCAUAAAUAGCCUUCCUCUACUUAUUCCGGCGGACAGCCCGCCAACGGUGUUUCUCCCGGGUUUCCCCAAACGGGUUCCGAUUCACGACUCGGAUAUGCUUCAUCCUUUCCGAGGGGCGGGCCGGACGGGGAUGCCACACGACUUGUUCUUCAAGUUUUUUGAGCACAUUAGGCGCAGUCAGGGCGUGAUAAUGAACGCGUUUGAUGAAAUGGAGGGUGAAUUUGUAGAUCAUGUGCAGAGCUCGUUUGGGGUGCCCGUGUGGAGUAUUGGCCCUGUUUUGAGCAGCCCGUCGGGUGAUUUUGAAGAGGGAGGUGUGGAGGAGUGGUUGGAUCGUCGGGCCUCGGGGUCGGUGGUGUAUGCUAACUUUGGCAGUGAGAUUGCGCUUUCUGGGGAUCAGACUAAGGUGGUUGCAGAGGGUUUGGAGGCGAGCAGGCAGUGUUUUUUGUGGGCGGUGAAGAAUCCUCCCGGGGAUGAACCUCUUUUUCAUCUUCUGCACGGCUUUCGACAGCGCACGGCGGACUGCGGUCUAGUGGUCACAGGUUGGGCUCCCCAACAGGCUAUUUUGAGUCAUCCUUCAAUUGGGGGCUUCCUGAGCCAUUGUGGGUGGAACUCUACGCUAGAGAGUAUCAGUAAUGGAAUCCCUAUCUUGGCCUGGCCAUUUCAGAACGACCAACCCUUUGUGAAGAAGCUUCUGGUUGAAGAGCUACGAGUGGCUGAGGAGGUUAAGAUGGAGGCUAUGGGAAAUGGUGUUUUUACCGUAACAAGUGCAGAGAUAGAGAGGGGUGUGAAAUUAAUAAUCGAAGGGAAAGAAGGCAAAGAUAUGAGAAUGAGGGCAUGUGAAUUGAAAGAAGCAGCAAUACACGCAGUAGGAGAGGGUGGAAGUUCCUUCACUAAUCUGGAAAAAAUUGUGUCCUUGAUCCACAACAUUCCGACCAAGUGAACUAAAGGUUCAUUAUUAUAUCCUAUUUGGUUAAUCUGGAAAAAAUUGUGUCCUUGAUCCACAACAUUCCGACCAAGCGAACUAAAGGUUCAUUAUUAUGUCCUAUUUGGUUAUUUAUGACAUGGUUUUUAUUAUCGUUUCUA